AUAAAACAUUUUCCAUGGCAGGCAGCUAGGCAACUAUGGAGUCUCUCUGUCCCCCCGCAGGAGUUAUCGCAUCCACAAGAUUGUCAUUCAAACCUCCCAAAACCCAGUCUCAGACCCCGACUCCCAACCUCCGAUUCCCCUUCUCACCAACCCUCAACAACCCCUUUAAUUUCUCUUCAUUUUCCUUCACUUCUUGCCCUUGUUUCUCCGUUAAAACAUCAUGUGCUGCUUCAACUUCAGCGACAGCAUCGCCUUCCACUUCUCUUCCUUCGUCUUCCGCUUCCAGCGACAACCGCCAUUGGGUGGUGCUCAUGGAGGCUCCUCCGCAAGGGGCGGCGAUUUCCAGACAGCUAGUUAUUGAAUACUAUGUCGAAACCCUUCGAACCGUUUUGGGCAAUGAGAAGGAUGCUCAAAUGUGUAUAUAUGAUGCUGCUUGGGAUACCCAUUUCGGGUUUUGUUGUGAUAUUGACGAAGAAACUUCCUGCAAGCUCGCACGUUUACCGGGGGUUUUGUUGGUUAAGCCUGACCCGGAUUAUGUUUCUCAAAAGAAGGAUUAUAGUCCCCCAAAUGUUAAGUCAAGUAAUAUGUCGUCCUCUCGAAGUGGAAGUGCUUUGUUGUUUCCUCUUUUGAAUACAAAAAGGUGGCUUGUUAGAAUGGAUAAACCCAGCAUUGGGGUUGUUACAAAGGCACAAAUGGUGGAUUAUUAUGCUCAAAUACUAACAAAGGUCUUGGGGAAUGAGAAGGAUGCACAAAUGUGUAUUUAUCAUGUUUCCUGGCAAUCUAACUUUGGGUUCUGUUGUGAACUUGAUGAAGAGUGUGCACAGGAAGUUGCUGGUGUUCCUGGGGUUUUAUCUGUUGAGCCUGACAAGAAUUGGGAGUCGGAGAAUAAAGAUUAUGGAGGUAGUUAUUUACAGAAUUCUACCAAUCUCUCAACUUCUGGAGCGACAAGUGAAACAGCCCCCACAAAAACAAAGAAACUGUUUGUGACUGGCCUAUCGUUUUAUACAUCCGAGAAAACCCUCCGUGCUGCAUUUGAAGGCUAUGGAGAGCUUGUUGAAGUUAAAAUAAUAAUGGACAAAAUUUCUAAAAGGUCCAAAGGUUAUGCAUUCAUAGAAUACACCACUGAGGAAGCUGCUAGUGUAGCUCUCAAAGAGAUGAAUGGCAAGAUCAUAAAUGGCUGGAUGAUAGUCGUUGACGUUGCCAAGACCAGCCCUCCAAGAUACAGUAGCAGGGGCCAGACCAGACCAGCAGCAACCAGAUGAAAGAGAGAGGAAGUUAUAGAGAGAUUUGCCACCGAGAAAUGAAUUACUCUGUACUACAGUGAAUUCCUUUAACCUUUGAUACUUGAUAGUAACCAUUUUACAUUUCAAAAGAAAUAGAUUGAAUUAUUAUAGGGAUUAAAUUGAGUUCUUAAUGGAUUGUUGAGUAAAAGUGGUUUAAGGGUGGU